AUGUCCACUAUAACUAAUCUAUACCCCCCCUCCUCCCAUGCUCUCCCGCAGACCCCUCUUACCCCGACAACAAGGCAUAUGGUCCUUUGGAUCCACGAUCCAGAUGGCUCACCCACCCUUUCCAAACGUGAGGCGGUCUUAAAUUAUGAUCUCUUUCCUCCUCAUGUCGCGAGACCCGGAGACAUUGCCGAAGUAAAAUUGAUGUCUUCGUCGUCCACCGGAAAUGCAUCUGAUGACAGUACAGCAAUGGGUGGAGAGGCUAUGGAGAGGAAGAAGAGCUAUACCAAUUCGACUAUGGAAGAGGAGGGGACUGGGGUUGGUGGAAGGGUAGGGGGAGUAGGAGGAGGGAGUACCAAGGCGGAAAAGAAAUUUCUGUUUGUGAUACGGGAAUUGGAACCCGAGCAACGCGCAAAACCGAACCUACAGGUUGGGCCCUAAAUGCCAAUUUUCAUGGAGUUUUAACUCAUUGGGUUUAGAUCUCGCUGGCUCGGCAUGUUGCUGAUUUAUUCGGGUUUCACUCCAGGGCUACUGUUACUGUCACAAUUGUAUGUUCCACAAGCCCGGGUUUCGUAUGCACUAUCUUACUAAAGACCAUCUUAGAUCGAUAAAAACCUUCACGAAGCCUCUCAUGUUGAAAUUUACUUCCGAGACCAGUAUAUCUCCCGCAGUGAUAUGUGGCGCAUGGCUACCACAUUAUUAACAGACACCUGCCCCUACAACGCACAAAAGCUCCUCUUUAUCUCCUCAAUCCGGGGAAGCGUUGGGAACAUCUGGGUACGUGGGCGGAAGGUCCAAUCUGCGUACUUUUCGCCACGGACUGUCCCAAUAUUUCGCUCAGAGUCGGCCCGCUACGUUCUUUUCAUACAGAUGAGCCGGGAGAUGUGGCACUUUGACACCGACGAUGGUGGAGAUGGUGAUCAGGGCGAAGGGGGUGGAGGGGUGGGUGGUGAAAUAGUCUUUAACAAGCUUAUCAAUGGAUUCUUGCCUGAGCUAUUCAAGCGCUGGAAAAGAAUUAAUGCGCACCAUCUGGUUUCCAUCGUUUUGUUUACAAGAGUAGUUUAUGAGCAUGAGGAACCAGUAGGGGUCCUGAAUGGGAACGGAAAAGAGAGCGAAGAGUUUCUAGGAACUCCUGGAGGGAUAAACAUUGGUGAGGGGAGACGCUAUAGAGAUUUUUAUCGCGUUGUGGUCUCCUCCAUGGCUAGCUCAGAUUGGACCAUUAUCCUCCACCGUCUGAAAAAGGAAUUUUCAGUCUUCCUCCGGGAUAUCCUCGUUCUUCCAAUAACAGAUGAUGAAUUUCUACCCGAAUCCAACCAAACGACACCUAUUUCAAGUGCCGCAGAUUCCAUGGCUUCUCGGCCAGGUACACCAUCUAUCCCUACCUUCAUCGACAUGCUUCGGCCCGCAUCGUCUUCUACAAGCUCUCAACCCUCCCCUCGAAUUCCUCCGCACAAAUCUAUUCCCGGUGCGCAACGCAAAAAGCAGCCAAGAAUGAUCAUCACUGGGCGACCUUCCGCCGCUAUCCACGGAAACAUAUUGGAAGCAAUAAACCUAGCGACACUCCAAUUCAGCAAAGACCAUGUCGACCGCGAUCUUGUUCGCACUGGAAUUAGUGUUGUAAUCAUAACUCCUGGAACUGGCCAUUUCGAAGUUGAUUAUGAUAUGCUAAAGGCUACAACAGAAGGGCUGGUCAUGACCGGCAUGGGAGUGGACCUAGUCUGCCUUAGCAAAGUACCCCUUCAUACCGUCCCCCUUUUCAAGUACCGCAGCCCCAUCCCUAUUAGUGUCCUUGCGAAGCAGGAGCAAGGUUCCCCUAAGGUCCUCCCCCGAGGUCUCAGUCCACCAAAAGUGACUAUCACGCCGUCGGGCGCUGCGGCCCCCGAUCGUAGCCAGGGAGAAUGGGUGUACUCUGUUCCUCAUUGGAUAGAUAUUUCCUUCUGGAGCGCUGCUUCCGAGAAGAAAAUCAAUAAGCGAGGCCGCGUUGAACAGAAGAAAGAGAGGAAAAAGCCCGCUAGUGGAUUUCGUGCGAGAGCGAAGAUGUACGAAUUACAAAUGAUGGGUAUAAUGGAGAACGAAAUUUCGGAAAUAUCCAUUCCAUUCCUGCACGAUAACCCUUUUUGGAAACCAUUGCCCAUGGAGGAGGAGCCGACACAGACAGAUGGUAUCAACACAAAAGGAAGUGUCAAGCUGGGGACUGCUAACAGCACAGCAGCCCCAGCAAAGUUCUCGAAAGAAGCCUUUAAAUGGAUGGAUGAGUACGACGAUGCAGCGUUCCGUCCGUUGUCCGACUUGAAAGCGCGAGAAAAGGUGGCAUUAGACCGCCGGACCGGCGGCGAGGAUGCAGAAAAGAUCGAAAAGACCCUGGAGGAGGUUGACCCUUUAGUACUUGGCACAAGUUUCCAUGGCGAAGCGCCGGGUCGCCAAGUCAGCUUACCUGGUGGGGCAUUCUUUGAUAGGAAGAUGAAGGAACGGAGAUCAGAGCUUGAAAGCCCAGUUGAAUCAAGAGAGGAGAUUCCUAACACCAGAAUCGCCGGCACACCAUCCGCUGCCCCACCCUCAUCCGGGGUUCUAAAGCCCAGCAGGUUGGGUUUGGUCCGAAAUAUUAGUUUUGGGUUCAAGUCCUGGGGCUCUGCCAAAGCCACUGCAAAGACAGGAAUAGUCAGCACGGAAGCGACGGCAAUUGCCGCCGGACCCCCGAGUACCGGUGGCCGCGGGGUUAUGGUUACUAGGGGGUUUGAUACUAGUGAAGCUACAACACCCAAAAGCCCUCUAUCGCCCAGAACCACCCACUUAGAGGAAAGCCCGACCACAGCUGGAAGUCUGAGGAGCCCUGAAAAGUUAGGAUGGGGAAGCAGGCCUAUUUCAAUCAAAAAUAAUGCGAUAACCUCGCUGGAGGCAGCUGGGCGGGAUCGAGAUCGCCGGAGGAGUAUUGUAGGCAGCCCUCUGGAUCGCGCGGGCAUGCUUAGAGAGCGGGAACGGGAAUCCGUUGAUAUACUGAAGGUUCCCAAUUUAACAAGGCAUGGACGACCCAGCGUUGAUCUUGUUGCAAACGCAGAGAAAACCGCAACAAUUCCACCUACCGUUAGUCCAACGAGCGCACUUUCACCAUGGGUACAAGUACUCAAUCCGAGUAACCCGAAGAAAAGCAUUCCAAGUGCUGUAAACCAAUUCCGGCGUUGGCAUCACGUAUUUCCUAAACCGAUCAAGAUCUCCACCGUCAAAUGGAAAAGCCUUUGUUCUCCAGCUGCUCUACCAUUGACGACCGAGCACUUUCCGUCGGCAGAACAGCUCCGUGACGGGUACCAGGAAAAUCCAUAUGUGAUCUCCCAAAAUGCAGAUUAUGAUGAGAUAGAGGAGAGCAGUAGCAGCAACCGCGAGGAACUCGUUCGCGCAAUGAUAUCACAGCGACUGGCACAAGGUUUCCAAAUUGUCGUCGGUAACUCAGUGGCAGAGGCCACUUCUGGGCGAGGCGGUGAUGUUGACAUAUACUCAAAGACCUACAUGGUUAAAGCAGGUAGCUCUUGCUUCAUGAGCCUCGGCUCGCAGAUCCAUCAACUUAUCUGUGAUGAGGAAUACAAUGUUGAGGUGAAGCGAUAUGUACGCAAACCGACAACUGCGAUAGGCCUACCUAAAUCCACAACUGCUAAUGAGUAUGUCAGCUAUAUGAAGACGGUAAUGGGUGAGGAGUAUAUCCCCGUCAAAACCGCGUUCAGGUUGCCGAUUGCAGAGUACAACUGGAAUUACGUUGACCAAUAUAUCGGUGGGUAUGAGGACACGUUAACAGAGCAACUUCGGUACUGGCGCGCGCGAUUCGUCUUAAUACCAAAUGAUCCACCGGAAUCAGCUAGGAGAGGGCUUCUGGGCCACUCGAAUGGCGGCGAGUUGAAUGAUGAGGAGAUCAGAUUGGAGGGCAUCAGAAGACUCACGCAGGUAUUCCAAAGGAAUAGGUACAUCCCGCCCGAGGAAAGGCAAUACGAGAGAUACGGAAAGCGGAAAGCAAAAGAGAAAAAUCCUCUCCAGAUUCUAUAUAAAACUGUGGACCCAAGUGUUGUAGUAGCGCAGGAGUUGGAAAGUCUUCCACUCAUCGAAGAUCCUACCAACAAUACACGCCGGAGCCAGCUUCUCACGACGGAGGUGUUUGAGAAGAAAAAUCUUGACCUGAAAGCCAUCGCACAAGAACUCCAAGGCCCUAAGGGUGUCCGUCUCCAAGACCGCCGCUGGCAUCUCAGAUUCCACUCGAAUUGUUUCAUUGGAGAAGAUAUGGUAACAUGGAUCGUGGAAAACUUCAAAGACGUCGAAACAAGACAGGAAGCGGAAGAAAUCGGGUUAAAACUCUUCAAAGCGGGAUUAUUCCAGCAUGUGGACAAGCGUCACCAAUUCCGAGACGGAAAUUACUUCUACCGAAUCGCGGAAGCUCACGCUAACACCCCGAGGCCCACCUCCAAGGGAGGCUGGUUCGGUGGAUUCAAAAGCGACAAACCUGUACCACCUGCGCCCGCAUUCGAUGUCGCUUCGAGCCCGUUGCGGAGUAGGAGUAGCACAAUCGUGACAGAUGAGGGCUCGGAAACUUCUUCCAUGUCGGGAUACCGAACACCAACCCCCACACCGGCAACCAAGAAGAAGGCCGAAGUGGAACUCAGCAAAGUGAUGAAAUAUGACAUCGACCCAUCGCGAAAGAGUUACCGGAAGGAACUUAUAAACCUUCAUUACGACCGCCUACAUAACCCUGACAACUGCUAUCACAUUCGCAUUGACUGGAUGAACACAACCGCAAAGCUGAUCGAAGACCAACUCGCCUCUUGGGCGCGUACUAUUGAUCGUUACGGGCUCAAGUUAGUAGAAGCACCCAUUGACGAAGUUUCCACGAUCCCCCGUACAAGUCCCUUCCACAGCCAGUAUAUUUUCAAGUUCUGUAUCCCUCCACCCCCACCUCCUCCAAUGCUAUCAACAAUCUCACCCACUACCGAAUCUAUGGAUCUCUCUCCAAUCCUAUCUCCAACCCAACCAGUCCCACCACCCCACCCCACCCACAACCAAAGUGAUAAUCGCUUUUACCACCGCCUUGCUCUCCGAAAGCUUGGCUUCGUCCUCGAUACAGAGGCAGCAAAGAACUUUCCCCCAACAGUGUCCGUAAAGUACUCCUGGGGGACGCCAAACUACCGCCACAGUCAGUAUAUCCACCGCUCGGGCGUGAUAUUCUGCCAAAUUACAGAUGAUGGCUCAUUCCUGCUAAUGGCAAACCGGCAAUACGCCAUUCGCGCAACAAUUCUCUGUCCACCGCCAUCGGUAGGAAUCGGCUCCGGCGUAGACGUUACGCCAGAGUCGGUGAAGGAUGAGAUCGAGAGCUUUUGUAAAGACCCAGAGGCAUUGCGGAAGUUUUACGACGAAGCCAAUGGACGAGUUGGCGGCGGGGCAGUCGUUGGCGUGGGGUCAGUUACGGGGGGAAGUGGCAUGGGGACAUUGGGCAGUCCGGUUAUUGGGCCGGUGGGAGCAGGGAGUCCGACCAUGGGGACCAGCGUCGUGCAUGCUCAUGGGGUUGGGAGGGCGACUAGCAUGAAGAGUGGGAGGAGUAGUAUUGUGGAUCUUGUGCCGGAGGAUUUUGUAUUAGGGAGGGGAGGAUAUGAGCCUGGGCCGGGGAGAUGA